AUGGAAAAUAUGAAAGAGCUGCAGCGCAAGUAUCAAGAUGACCGAGAAGAAGGAGGAUCAAUCAGAGGGAUUGAGGUAGUUCGAUCUGGUGCUCAAGAAUUACCUCCUUUGCCUGCUUGGUCGUCGAAUCAAUCGCCACUUCAAUUGAGCGAUUGGCUGCUGCUCAUCGAACCGGUGGUUUCAGAUUUGACUGCAACUGCUGAAACCUGGUGGAAGACCCUUCUCAAAGAGGCCGAGGGUUGGUAUCAGUCUCAUAUGAAGAUGUCACCUCUUGAACGUCUCCAACAUGGACAUGGAACUCCACCUUCUUUGACACAGGAAAAAUGGCAGCGAUUGGAGCGACGCAUGUCCACGAUGAUGCUUCAAGCGAUGCCUGAACAAGUUCGUGAAGAGCUUGUGUCCACCAGAAGGAUGAGUGUGUUCUCCAUCAUCACACACCUCUAUGUGAUCUACUGUCCAGGUGGUAUCUCCGAAAAACAGAACCUCCUGAAAAACCUUGAGGAUCCUGCGGAAGUCCAAACAUUGGGAGAUGCUCCAAUGGCUUUGAGAAAGUGGAUCAGGUGGCGUCAGAGGGCCACCGAAAUCGGAGCGAUCACGCCUGAUCCUGCUCUUCUUGUUCGUGGGCUUUUGAGGAUGACAAAGAAGGUUUUGGAAACAAAUCGAGAACUACAAUUUCGAGUGUCGCUUGCACGUCAUGGGUUAGGCAUAGAUACGGUGCCGACCUUGGAGAGUGUGACGCAGUUUGCAAUGCACCUCCUCUCUGAGUGCGAGCAGUUGUCGCAAAUGGAGAAGAAGACCGUCCCCAACAACGCCAAGGUUGAACCGAAAGUGAAGAUGAUGGAGUAUGAGAAGGAGGAUGCAAAAGGAAAAGGUAAAGGUAGAGAGAAGACAGCAGAAGAAGAUAGAGGAGAACGUCAGAAGGUUGUCAAGUGCAAGUUCUACCUGACUCCAGAAGGCUGCAGAAAGGGCCGUGAUUGCAAGUUCUCUCACACUGAAAAAGACGGAAAAAGGCGAUGCUACGUCUGUGGUGCGGAAGAACACUUGGCUCCUGCAUGUCCACGAAAGGGAACAGGUGAGGGAUCGCCUCCGAAGCAGAAGGGCGCAAAAGUUGAAGAAGGAGUGAAGACAGGUGAAGUAAAGACAGGUGAGGAGACAAAGGAAGAGUCUGAGACGAUGAAGGGGCUGAUUGAAGAAGCCAACAAGAUGCUCAGAUCACUCACAUCUCACUCGACUUCAUCUCCCAAUUCCUCUUCGGCAUCAAACAGAGAUGAAGACAGCCGAAGUGAAAUGCUGUCACGCCUUCAGGCUCAGCUCAAUUCCCUGAAGGUCUUCAAGCUUGGGCGCAUUGGCGCUGGUCUGGGUCGAGGUCUCAUUGACAGUGGGGCCACUCAUGCGUUGCGUCCAUCAAGAGAAGAAGAGGACACCCACAAGUUGAAAGAAGUUUCUGUCACUUUGGCAGAUGGCAAGUCCAUUCAGUUGCACAUGUCCCCAGGUGGCUCCAUGAUCACCUCAGACCAGAACAUUGAGCCGAUUGUGCCUAUGGGUUCUUUGAUCGAUGCCCUAGGCUGUGUGGUGUCGUGGUCGAAGGGAGCUCUUCAAGUCCAACAUCCAAUCCGAGGUCUUUUACCAGUUGAAGACUGUGGAGGUUGUCCACAGAUUCCAAGGAAGUUGGCAUUGGAGCUAAUCUCUGAGAUCGAAGACUGCAACAAAGGCGUCUCAUUGAAUCGCCUAGACAUAGAAGAAGAGCUUGGAUGGAUGAGAAGGCUUCUACAAGCUCACCCAGUUUUGUCUUGUCUUCCUGACUGGCUCCAAAAGAAGCUUGUGGUCCAGCCGGGAGAAUGGGAAUCUUUGCCUUUGAAUCGACGUCAGCGACGAACGUUGAAAACUGAGGGAUUUGCACUGCACUUGUACUCUGGAGAGGACUCAGGUCACACACUUCAGCGAUCUAUGAGGUGUCAAGGCAGUAAGACAAGGAGGCUUUUGGAAGUGGAUGUAAAGAAGGGGCAAGCGUAUGAUAUGCUUGCUGACGAAGGGAUCUAUGCCACUCUCUUGCGAGCUGCGCUUUCAGGAAAGAUUCUGGCUGUCUUGGGUGGCCCGAACUGCAGAAGUCGAAGUGUGCUCCGACAUCGACCAAUUGAAGGCCAACCAUGGGCCCCCCGUCCAGUGCGUUGCUGGGAGGGAGGGGAAUUUGGAGCACACUGGAUCAACAAGAAAGAAGAAAAGAUGAUUCAAGAAGAUGACACUCUUCUUUGGCGAAUGAUUUUCUUGUACAUGAUUUCAGAGUAUGUCCGCAAGGCACAGUUGCGACCAGAUCCUGUUCACUUUGCGUUGGAACAACCUGCAUCUCCAAAGACUUAUCAACCUGCAGCUGUGUCGUUUUGGGACACCACUGAGUGGCAUGAUUUGAGAAAGGAGUUUCAGUUGAAGGAGGUCACUUUCAAUCAGGGAUGUCUUGGAGGUAUGGCAACAAAACCCACCACUUUGGGCACUACGUUUGAUUUGUGCUUGGAGGAUCACAAGAUGGGUCCUCUUCUACCUGCGCAACCUGUGGAAAGCUCAAAACAGUUGGAAAGAUGGGCACCUGGACUGAUGAACGCUGUCAGCGAAGCGGUCAUAACUCAGGUGUUCAAGGGGACACCGCAACUCAGGGCUCUCACCUAUGAAGAGCAUGAGUUCUUGCUCUUGACACAUGUGGGCCUCUUUUACCAUCAAGCGAUGUUGGUGGCUGGAAGUAGCGAUGUUGGUGGCUGGAAGUGUCGAUAUUUUUUGGCUGGUGCUUACACAUACAUGGUUCCAAAGGGCACAGAAAAGAUGAUAGGUCAACCCGAAGAAGAAGGUGGUCUUGAAGAGGCACCAGUGCUUGAUCUUUUUGCCGAGGAGCCUGAAGGUGAUGACCAGGAAGCUGAUGAACAGCCUCCUGAUGGCCUCUUGCCAAGAGGUGCAGAACUUCCUGAGGAGUCCCGUCUUGAAGAUUCAGGAGGAGAAGAAGAGAAAGAAAGAGGAGAUAAAGAUCAAGAUGGUCAACAAGAAGCAGAAGAUGGUCCUCAAAGCGAAGAUAAAGACUAUGAAAUCAGAGUCUUCAAGAUGGCGCUCCCUCUGAGGUCAAAGAAGGCGAGGGAAGUCACAAGAGUAGCGAUGGAGAUGGUUCUCAAACUGAAGAUUGAUGGAUAUCAUGUGAAUCGUAUCCACAGCGACAGAGGCCACGAAUUCCUUGGGCUGGAUAAGAAGCCAGAGUUCCCCCGCUUUCUUCAAGAAGUCUUGGUGAGGAGGAGGAGGUGGAAGAAACAGGCGUUUGAGCCUAUGGUGGAAGUUGCAAGAUACCUCGGACCUGCACCCGAGGACAAUGGCCAUUGGAUCAAGGUGAACGAUGAAGCACCGAGAGUCACUCGAUGCUACAUGCAGAAAGCCAUAGAACGACCUGAAGAAGGAGUGUGGCUAGCCAUCGAAAGGGAGGUCUUGGAUGCUCUCACAAAAAGACGAAGGCUUCGAGAAAAGACUACAGUGCGUAGGUUGAAAAUGGAGGAGAAAGAAGAAGGUGAGGAUGAGGCUGUGAGAUUGGCAAAGAUGAGGAACAGGUUUACAAGAAUGGUCGAGGAGGAGACUAAGGCGAUGUUGGAUGAUUCUCCUGAAAUGAUCACAGAAGAGAUUGACAUCUUGGCCAAGCUCAAAAAGAUGCUUGACUCUCAAGAGAAGGGCGAAGAUGAUGAAGUCCUCCAAACGAAAAUCAUCUCCCUUCUUGAGGUCUCAAAGAACUGGAAUGAUUGGCUUCCGGCAGUGGAUGCUGAAGUCACGUCACUGUUAGAAGAGAAGGAAGCCUUCGAGGAGGUAAGUGGAGAAAGGUUGGAGGAGCUCUUGAAGGAUGCAGAAAAAAGGGGCAUACCAGUGGAGUUUCUCCCAUCAAAGUUGGUCUGCACAAAGAAGCCAGGAAAAAGAGGUGGCCGCAACAAGAUUCGAUGGGUCAUCUGUGGAAACUUCGAGCAGGUCAAAGAGGGAGAGAACACGUUUAGCUCUGGUGCAGAUGCCUCUGCACUGCGCCUUCUGAUCGUUGCGGCAUCAAAAUUCCAAUGGGAGGCUGGGACCAUUGACAUCAAAACAGCCUUCCUGAAUGCCACCAUGUGCCCUGAAGACCAGCCAAGCUUGUUGCUGGUCAAACCUCCUAUGCUGCUUUUGGAAAAGAAGUACAUGAAGCCAGGAACAUACUACAUGCCCAAGCGCGCGGUCUAUGGACUUCGCCGAUCACCAAAGCUCUGGGGUGAUUGCAGAGAUGAUGAAUUGGAAGUCAUGAAACUGGAAGUGGAGGAGGAAGAAGGUCAGAUGACAUCACUCCGACUCUGCCCUCUGGCAUCAGAGCCAAACUUGUGGAGGAUUGAAGCUGAGGAGAGUGAAGCUGAGUCUGACACUCAGUCGAACUUUGCUCCGCUGCCAUUGAAAGGGCUCUUGAUGACAUAUGUCGAUGACAUCUUGGUCACUGGAAGUCGAAAGGUGGUAGAUGCCGUCAUGGAAAAGGUCAGAACUAUCUGGACCACCUCAGAACCAGAUCAAGUAGGAGAAAAGCCUAUACGAUUCCUAGGCGUCGAGAUCUCAAAGACCUUUGAUGUCACCAAGAAUCGCGACGUUUGGUAUGUCAACCAACAGUCCUACAUCAAGGACCUUCUUGCGCAAGAUCAAGAAGCUCCAGACAGAAAGAUCCCAAUCACAAAAGAUCAGAGUCAACUUCCAGAGGAAGAAGGAAGAACACCAGAGCUGAUUCGUUCAGCUCAGAAAGCCACCGGUGAGAUGCUCUGGCUGGUGACACGCACCCGCUUGGACCUCAUGUAUGCCGUUUCAAAGAUGGGCUCUUGCGUCACGAAGGCCCCUCAGAAGGUCCUCCAGAUCUACCAGCAGAUCAAGGGGUAUCUCAAAAGCACUAUGGAUGAAGGCAUCUGCUUUGAUGCUGCUGGAGCAGAGACCUUGAUGAUUGAGGCCAUGUCAGACGCCAGUUUUGCACCUGAAGGAGAUGUCAGCCACGGAGCCUUCAUCAUCAUGGUAGCUUCUUGCCCUGUUUUUUGGCGAAGUGGUCGUCAAAGUUUUGUGACGCUCAGCACAGCAGAAGCGGAGAUGAUGGAGAUUGUGGAGAGCAUGGUGGCUGGAGAAUCAAUUGGUGCCAUAGCUGAUGAGCUGUUUGGCCCUCUGCAGCGAAAAUCUUGGACAGAUUCUCAGUCUGCCCAAUCAAUUUUGACCAUUGACGGAGGAUCAUGGCGCACACGUCAUUUGCGACUGAGAGCAUCAGCUGCCAGGAGUUCAAUCUUGCAGGGCACCUGGUUUCUUCAACAUGUCGCGGGAAAUCAAAUGAUCGCUGACAUUGGCACCAAGCCAUUAGCUUCAGAAAGAAUCAGGUACUUGAAGAAGGAGAUGAACCUGGUUCAAGUACCACAACCGAAAGAGCAUGAGAAGAAAGAAGAGAAGGUUUUUGAAGAAAAAGGAGAAGGCGUAGGCAUUCAGAAAGCAGCAGCAGCAUUGAAGCUGCUCACAUUGGCUGCUGCGAUCUCAGCUGCCAAAGGAGAAUAUGAAGAAACAGAAAAAGAAGAUCAGGAAAAUUCAACCCUCGAGCUCAAAGUCAUGAUGGUCGUUUUUGCGUUGAUCAUCGUGCUUCUCACGAUCGUGAGCCAGCAUUUGUGGAAGGUAGGAGUAAGGAGGCUGGAAAUGUCUUGGUCAAACCAAGCUGGAUCGUCUUCCCGAAGUCUCCCUGCAGGUGCUGCUGCUCAAAGAGAAGAAGAAGAAAAGGAAAAUGGUGGUGAAGGGAUGGCCGCUGUGGCAGGACAACUGUCACAGCGACCCACGUACCUCCCACCGGGUGGUGAAGGGAUGGCCGCUGUGGCAGAUCACACGCCGCAGCGACCCACGUACCUCCCACCAGGCGAAGGGUCUUCUUCGCCACUUGAAGAUUCAACCUCUUCAUCAGAGGACACUCCGUAUCGUCCAUUAGAUGAGCGCCACAUCCCUGGGUUCGACUUGGAUCGAGUCAUGCAGGAGAUAGCAGAUGAAGAAACCAACCUCUACGAGGAAGCACAGAGAAAUCCAGAAAGAUUCCAGAACUAUGAGAACAGCAAGGAAAGAGCUAGAGCAGCUUUCCAAGUUUUGACCACUCGGUAUGGCCGAGUUUAUCACUAUCAGAGCCAGUGCAGGUACCUGUCGUCUGUCCAGACAGGAGCCAAUCGAGAAUCUGCCUGGUGUCGCAUUUGCUGGGCCAUUACCGCUCAAACGCGUGGACCCCCACCACCAGGAGUUCCACUUUGGAUUGAUCACUGGGGUGGAGAUUAUCACGUGGAUUCAAGAUGCCCACGCUGCGAUCCAGAAAAGAUGUUUCCAGCAUGCCCAGGAUGUGGUGAGAGCGCAGGUUAGAUCUUUUUCCUUUUAUUUGCACAAUAGAAGCAGCUUGAGCCUGAAUCUUGGGAUGACCUCACGAUAUCCCAAGGGAGGAGUGCAGAAUGCAUUCCAUUUUGACCAUACCUGUCAGGCAUUUUGACUUGCUGCAGAUUUCACAUUUGCCGAUUUUCUGUAGCUGCUUUUUCUAACUCAAGCCGAGCACAACCCCGAG